UAUUUGAAUAUUUGUGUCAAUUGACAAUCUUGAGCCAUCUUCAUAUUUUAGAUCUUUUGACAUUUUGCUUCCACACAUAUGAAGGAGUUGUUCUUUUGUUGUUGAAUGAAUGGAUCCCAUCACAAGAGAGCGAGUGAAGGUUUCUGUAGCUGGUCGUAUCUCUAAGGACCCUAGUGCUUCCAUGUGUAUGAAAACCAAGUGUCAAGGACUCGUAUCCAAAUGUGUCAACACAGUUGCUGCCUGCAAGUACAUACUUUCACAAAAACUUUGUAAACCAAAUAAUAACCAAACUGUGAGUAGGGAAAUUUCCAGGGGAAUGAAAGCCAGUGUUUUUUGUGAUCAACAAGUUAAUUCUUGUAAAGAUACUUAUUUGCGUGAGUGUGCUAUUGUUUGUAGCAAAGCAUAUUUUGGCGAGGAAAGGAGAGCCCAGUGUCUUUCUGAAUGCCUCAACUCCAAGUGUUACAAUCCUGCUAAAUAUGGCAGCUGUAUUUCUUCGCAACUAGCGGAGGCAUUGGCUUCGUGUAUUGAGAAGAACUGUGGAGAUACUGUUAGGAAGUGUAUGACCAAUCGAUGUAAUAUUUCCUUUCCAGAGAAGGAUUAAGCAUCUAGUUGGUCUUUUUUGAUAGGAACUAUUAUUACGGAGACAAGACAACAACUUGUCUUUGAUGACCUUUUCGAUUAUAUGCCAUUUAUAUAUAAGACAAAUGAAAAUAAAAAGAAUAGUCAAGAUGUGAGUUCAAUAAUG